AUGUUCCCCAACGGUCAUACCAUCGCGGCCGUCGAGGUCCCGGUGUACACGCUCUUCUACCACGGGCGCUUGGACGGCGAGCUGCCGCCGAGCCCGGAGUGGCUCGCCUUCGACGUGGAGAUGUCGUACGGCAUCAUGGGCAGCACGCGCAACUCGUGGCUGCUGACGUACCAGACGACGCGGCCGGUGCGGGCGCUCUGCUUUGACGGCGAGUCGGCGGCGCUCAUGGGCCUCGGCCAGCUGGACACGCAGAUGCUGCACGUCUUCGGCAACGUCUCGGGCCCGCCGCGCCCGCGAGACGGCGUCUUCCGCGGCCUGUGGCAGGAGUACGCGCGCGCCGAGGGCCUCUGCGACUGGCUGCUGGCGGCGGGCCUGCGUGGGCCGGGCUGGGGGUUCGAGGGCGUCGUCCGGAUGAACGCCGGCUUUGAGAUGAUCUGGUGCGACUUCACGAGCCCCAGCCUGCGGCUGCUGACGCAGCUCAACAUCACGGCGCCACAGCUACCGGAGGACGAGCGCAAUGGCUUCGACCCGUCUGAUCCCGACCGCCGGGCAGAUGAGAACGAAAUCGGCGAUGAUGGUCCGCCUGCAUGGUUGGCUAUGCAGCAGAGGGGAGUCGAGGCAGAGACGACGUCGUACUACAGCCUGCCGCCGGCGCCAACGAGGACGGAUCGCGCUGUUGAUCCGUCGCAGCCACCAGCGCCGCCGAACUGGCGCCGUGAUAUGCAACGAGAGCCAUUCCUCAAGGCGCAGGGCUGGGGCUGGUUCGACAGCGCGACAUGGCAUUAUGGCUCGUCACGGAACGGCCCAGGGCUAGGCGAGACUCGGGCCAAGGUGCUAGGCUGCGGUGUGCUGAGUUACUAUUCUCCACGGUUCGUGAACCAGUCCGGCAACAGGGCCAUCGAGGAGCGCGCAUUUCUCAAUCUGACCGAUGACGGUCUGUGGAAAGGGGAGGGCGAAGAGGGAAAUAGGACACAGGCUAUCAAGCUGCUGUCGCGGCGCAGGCGCUUUCACCAUCUGGGCGGAGUCGCUUCUAAGCGGAGACUCGAGCUGUACGGGUGCGGACUGGACGUUGAUUACGUCGGAGAUUGUGCAGAGGACUACGAAGCAUCUUACCACGCUGGCAACCAAGUUUGCGGCAUUGCCACAUGA